AUGUCUUACGAAAGAACAGACGCAACCUGCAUCCGCGAAGAACUAACCAAAACCGGCGCCCAGAGCUGGGGCUUCUUCAUCUACCGCACCUGCUCUUACCAUGAUGAGUCACAAUGGGAGCAAUUCCUCUCGCGCAUGAAAGGCUUCGCGGAGAAAAAUCAUCUCAGUGCGCGGGAACGCGGUCGCGACGGAGAGGCAAUUCUUCCCCAGCUUGAGUGGAACGUGCAGCAGCACCCUGCGCUGGAGAAUUGCUCCAAGGAGGAGAUCUGGCGACGGCAUCGGGGGCUGAUGAGAGAUCUGUAUGGGGAGUACCAACCGGGAGACAUCCGGCAUGGGUAUCCGAUUGUGGUGGAUCGGGAAGCGCUGGAGUCGGUUCUGAGGGGUCCGGCGCCAAGUGAAUGGAGGGCCGCUGAUUAUCGGACUUCUACUGCGUGUGUUAUUGUGUUGAAUAUGAGCUGGUUUGAUCAGAUGGAGGAGAGGAGACUUCGUCGGGAGGACAGGGGCCGACGUAGUGGGGAUGUGCCUAAUGAGGAAGCGGACGAGGAUGAUGGGCUGGAUGAGAUUGUUGGUUGGAAAAAGGUGUUGGUGGUCAAGGUGCAUCCCAGACUCUAUUCGUUUUUGCUGACUCCGCUGUGGCAUAUCAUGUAUGCUGAACCCCCUGAGAUUGAGCGUUUGCCUUGA